UCAAACUCGGGACCAAUACCAAAUUGGAAAAUCAAAGAGAAGACAAGUCAAAGACAGAGGCAACUCAGUUGUUUCGCUCCUCUUCUUCCUCCCCCACACACAAUCCAUCCAUCGCUCUCCUUCUUCACUCUCUCUGACUCUCAAAGCAACUAAAAGAUUUGAGCUCAAUCUUAUCUCUUCCGGAUCCACUUCCAGUUUCAGAUUUUUUGUCAGAUCAAGUACUGAUUCUUCUUAGAUCUCUCUGUUUCUGCAAGCACUUUCACUUGUUUUAUCUGGUGCCUCUCCUCAAAACAUCGGUUCUGGAUUCUGCUUGUCCUAAAAAAAAAAAGUCAAAACGUCCAUGUUUCUUGGAAUCUUCUCCAAAACCAUGGAAGACAGAUCAAAUUCGAGCAGGAACAGAACCACCAACAACAGUCCACCUCUCCCACAGAUCAGAACCGACAUAGGUUCCUUAUACUCUGCAGAUCUUUCUGCUUACAAUUCAGCUUGCAGAGAAGAUCCUGAUUUACAAUCCUUCGAUUCAUCUCUCCACCAACGCACCAACAGAGUCAUCAACUCCCUCGCCUCUGGUUCCGAAACUCGCUCUUUGUCCUUUGACGCCCUCAUUGAAGUCUCAGGUUGUCUUCUCGAGAUGAACCAGGAGGUCGUUAGGUUUAUCAUAGAAAGCAAAGAGGAUGCGUGGGACAACAAAGAUUUGACAUGUUUGGUCAAUGCGUAUUUCGACAGUAGCAUCAAGACCUUAGAUUUCUGUAAUGCUGUUGAUAGUUGUGUCAAACGCGCCAGGAUAGGCCAGAUGCUCUUGCAGUUUGCGCUUAAGCAAUUUGAGAUGGAGGAGUCGUCAGGGACCAACAACAACAAAUCCGCGGAACCGAGGGUUGCUAAUAAGUACGCCAAAACUUUAGAAGAGCUUAACAAGUUUAAGGCUUCUGGUGAUCCGUUUGAUGGAGAUUUCUUUAUGCUGUUCGAGUCUGUUUACGAGCAGCAGGUUAUGCUUCUGGAGGUACUUCAUAAGCAAAAGAGGAAGCUUGACAAGAAGCUCAAGAACAUAAAGCACUGGAAGAAAAUAUCGAAUGUGGUUUUCGUGACAACGUUUGUCUCUGUUUUGAUCUUCUCCGUGGUAGCAGCCGCUGUGGCUGCGCCGCCCGUUGUGACCGCGGUUGCAGCUGCGUUGGCGGUCCCAAUUGGGUCAAUAGGGAAAUGGUGUAAUCAUCUAUGGAAGAAGUAUGAAACGGCAGUGAAAGGACAGAAAGAUAUAGUUUUGUCAAUGAGGAUAGGUGCUUAUGUUACCAUGAAAGACAUGGAUAACAUUCGGGUACAUGUAGAUAAGUUGAAGAUUGAGAUGGAAUCGAUGAUGCAAAAAGUUGAUUUUGCGCUAAAGGAGAAAGAAGAAGAGGUGGCUGUGAGGCUUUCGAUGCACGAGAUCAGCAAGAAGUUUGAUGUCUUCACAGAGAGAAUCGAGGAGGUGGGUGAAAACGCGGCUAAGUGUAGCAAAGAUAUCACAUUGGCGAGAACAAUCGUGCUAAGGCACAUUCUAAGUUUCCCCUCAGGUUCAGAUCCAGGGCAAGGAAACUUGAUUGAGGCAAUCACGUUGUGAGAGAUGAUGCAUAAGACUGUAUAAAAAUAAAGCGGGAAGAGGUUCUGUGGGUAUGUCACAUAGCGAUUAUAUAAUGCUGUGUAGCAACUCUUGUAAACAGAUUUAGCACACCAUACAGAUACAGUAGUGUAUUACUCAGUUGGAAAAAAAAAAAAAAAAAAAAUCAAAGUCGAUAUUGAUAUAUUUAGCUAGCCUCACUUUCUUUAUUUGGCUUCGUAUUGAAGAAGCUCUUAGAUUUUUUCAGAGACGGAUUACGUAGCGUUCAUGUUGUCUUUGUGUGGACUACAACUUUGUAUUUAUCGCCAAUGAUAGUAGUGUCUUUCAAUGUGGAAA